AUGCAGUCAGCAUCAAUUCUACUCUGCCUCCUUCUACUUCUUGUCUGCGCCUCCCAUCCCACCCUCGCCGCAGUUGUCAGGUUCCACGACGCCGAUUGGCAACCAACGCACUGGUGCGAGGAUGUCAUCGACAGGCGAGAUGUGGCUCAAGUUGCUGAUGGAAGGAAGAGGUGCAGCCCCGCAGAUGGAGUUGAAGUGAUUGGGAUUAGCGUGGAUCCACACCAGUGGAGACGUGGUUGGAUGAGGCGAGAGGGUGGAUCUCGUGUUCGCAGAGUUAAACGUCAGCUACGCUUCUCACGUCCAAUCUAUUCCCCUCGACUUCCUCCCACACCGACAAUGCGCACGUGA